AAUGGGCUUCCGGGCUGCGCCGCCACCGGGCCCGGGAGGCGGAAGUGCCUCGGGCCGCCGCCUCCGUCCCGGUUGCGGCCCCUGCCGGUUACAUAACUCGUUGCGAGCUCGGCGCGGCCCCACUUCCCGGCUCCCUGCGCCCCCAGGAUGCGCUGAGCCCCAGGACGCCCUCAGCCGCCGUCGGCUCCAUUUCGAGGUGUGAAUGACAGAGGUGGUGCCGUCCAGUGCCCUCAGCGAGGUCAGCCUGCGCCUCCUCUGCCACGAUGACAUAGACACUGUGAAGCACCUGUGUGGCGACUGGUUUCCCAUUGAGUACCCAGACUCAUGGUAUCGUGACAUCACCUCCAACAAGAAGUUCUUUUCCCUUGCCGCAACCUACAGAGGCGCCAUCGUGGGAAUGAUAGUAGCUGAAAUUAAAAACAGGACCAAGAUACAUAAAGAGGAUGGAGAUAUUCUAGCCUCCAACUUCUCCGUAGACACCCAAGUCGCGUACAUUCUGAGUCUGGGAGUGGUGAAGGAAUUCAGGAAGCACGGCAUAGGUUCCCUCUUACUUGAAAGUUUAAAGGAUCACAUAUCAACCACCGCCCAGGACCACUGCAAAGCCAUUUACCUGCAUGUCCUCACCACCAACAAUACAGCAAUAAACUUCUACGAGAACAGAGACUUUAAACAGCAUCACUACCUCCCCUAUUACUAUUCCAUCCGAGGGGUCCUCAAAGAUGGCUUCACCUACGUCCUCUACAUCAACGGCGGCCACCCCCCCUGGACGAUCUUGGACUACAUCCAGCACCUGGGCUCUGCACUGGCCAGCCUGAGCCCCUGCUCCAUCCCGCACAGGGUCUACCGCCAGGCCCACAGCCUGCUCUGCAGCUUCCUGCCAUGGUCGGGCAUCUCCACCAAGGGUGGCAUCGAGUACAGCCGGACCAUGUGAUGCCAGCUGGGCAGCCUCCACCCAGCCCUGUCCCUCAGCACCCUGCAGAACCCGCCUUCCCAUCCAUCUGACCCCUGCUGUCCUCCGCAGAGGAGCUGGCCACCUGCCGGGCCCAUUGGUCUGCCCCAGCUGCAGGCCCGGUGCUACGCGGGCUCGGGAGCAGAGCAUUGUGGGCUUGCCCAAGGCGUGCCCCAUCUCCAACAGGCUCUCCGGCUCCUUCCUGCUUCUGGAAACCUCCACGUUCCACCUCCUCCUGGCACCCUGAUCC